AUGGCGGUGCCGUCGUCGUGCCGCGUGUGGGGAAAGCGUGCGGAUUUGGUUUUUACUUUGAGGGAAAGCCUGAAGCCGCAGAAGAAUCACGUCUUUUACUGUCAAUCCUGUGGUGACAUCAUAGUAAAAGACCGGAAACUUCUCAGAGUUCUUCCUCUACCGAGUGAAAACUGGAAUGCUUUAGUUGAAGAGUGGUGUUGUCACCCUAACCCCUUUGCCAGAAGCAGUUUGUACCCUAAGCAUGAUGACUGUUUUCUUGGAGACACUUUUUUUCUGUUGAAUUCAGGAAAUGAAUCACAUGUGCCUGAAUCUCCCAUGUGCGGCUCAGAGACUGGACACCAUGCUUCUCAGAGUGGCUCCAACUUGAAAUCAAAGGAAAAUACCAGAGUAAUUUGUAAGCGCUGCAAGACAACGCUUGGAGAAACAGUAUCAUCAGAUACCAUUAAAUAUUAUGUCACCGAGGUGAUUAUUCGACCGUCUGAGGGAAGUUUCAGCCCAACGCCAAGGCCUCAAUUCAUACAGAGCAUGGUUGCUCAGUGUCUUGUGGAAUUGUCCUCUGCUAAAAGCACAUUUAGAUUCACCGUAAAAGGGGAUAAUGGAAAAACCUAUAUUCUGAUAUGGCUUUUAAAUUCUGACACAUUGCUGGUGGAGUCUUUAGGAAGUUCCUCCUCCCACAGUGUUUUUACACUGUUUGGAGAUAUUUUCAUGCCUAGCUCUGGACCAGUGAGGACCUGGAAUGCUGUCAAAGUCCUUUACCAGCCGUGCAUUAAAAGCAGGAAUAAGGACCUUGCUGAUGCAUGGGAAAAUGAUAUGGGAGUUCAUCCUUUAAAGUUUCCAUCAGAAACAUGUUUGGAAUUACUGCUGAUACUGGGUUUGAGUACCACCUCUCUGCCACCUUCACUUCGAUGCAUGAACUCUUUUCAGGUUGCCUUUUUGAAGAUGUGAAGAAUGCAGAUACCCAUCUUGAAAACUAUUCUCAAAUUCAUUUUCAGCAGAAGCGUACAGUUAACUUCCAAUGGUGUGACUUCUAGAAAAAAAUCCACUGGCAAUACAAAACAAAAUGUGGGUGUGGUGUGUUAUUCUUCAUAUCUGGAUGUGUUUCAAAACCAAAGACAGAGUUAAUUUUUGCAUCCAGUACAUUCUUAGAUGUCAUUCUAAGAGUCACUUACCUGUCACUCCUGUGACAUCCAGCUGGGAUGACUGUUACGAUCUCUUCAUUGCCAAAAAGAAAUUAUCUAUCUAACUUAGUACUACCUUUAUCAGGCAGUGUUUGAUAGUGACCUAUAUGUCCUUAGGAAAAUUCACAACUGGUAGCAAAGAGAGGUUUGAAAAUAUUUAACAUCAUGGAUACUAAUGUAAGUUCUUUACUUUCUUUGUUCUGGUAAAGUUAGAGGUCCAACUUUAAAAUAUGAAAUCUGUUUUUUGUCAGACUUACAUGUCUAUCAUGUAUAUUGUUUCCACGUUAAGGUUUACCUUCCUUCUUGAGAGAGAAGGAAGACAGUUUCUGUAUUUUUUAAAAUUGAUAAUGUUUUGGAGAAUCAAGGUUUUAUGGUUACUUGGAGUAAUUAUUCCUUCAACUUCACAAAAGAGCAUGUGUGUGAAGGCUGACCUUGCAGAAACUGCUGGAGGUGAAAGAUACUUGUAGCAAGUCAAUACAGCUACUCUAAAUUGUCCUUCUCUGUUGUGGAUGCUCAGCUGCCUUCCAGGGGAGCGGUAGCACAUUUCCGUGGAAGACAGAAGCUGUUACCAUUUUUUGUUGCUCACUUAGUUGACAGCAAUUUUUGCCUUCCCUUGUCCAGGGGAACAGGAUGGUAUAAGUGCAUAGGCUAAGGAGCAGAAAAGAUGCCUCCUGGCAUUUUUGCCUCGAUUUCUGCUCGUUGGGAUGGACUGCUCUUGAGCUAGAAGGAAGUGAUCCUUUAAUAUCAGCCAUCUCUCUUGGACCCCUCAUCCCUCCAGGGUCUUAUCCCGUAUCUGCCUCGCUCAUCUGCAGUUUUCCUUAAACAACUGCUCUUGGCAAAUCAGUCAGGUACUGGAAUGGUUCAUCUGACCUAGUGUGACAAUUCUUGCGUUCUCAAAAUGUAUACAAAAAGGUAUCCAAACAGAAA